ACGCGAGUCGCGUUCGAAUUCCGCCGUGUUCUAAAGAACGUUGGAGUGCUUCUAAAGAACGUUGGAGUGCUUCUAUAGAACGUUGGAGUGCUUCUAAAGAACGUUGGAGUGCUUCUAUAGAACGUUGGCUCGCGUUUUUAGCGUGCGUUACGUUAGCCGCAGCGGCGAAUGUUAGCUACUUGUUUCUUCUAUCACAGGUUGAGCUAAACUCGUUCACUCAAUACAGCCGAUUAGCUAAAUUAAAGUAGUUUUAUUUAAGAUAGCCAGCGUCUGUCGGCGUGUGACAAAGUUUCAGAUAAACGGUUAACUCUAUUGUUACUUGCGGACUCACUUGGACGAGUCGCAACGAACGUUUGCGUUGAUACACUUUUUAUUUUAUUUUAUUUUUUUAUACAUGUAGCCAAAGAUUAAUUUAUAACAUUGAGAAAAUCGCGUGCACAUCAUCAUGCUAGCGCAUAGUUAGGGAAUGUAGAGUUCUCGGUUCAUUGUUUGGACGCUGCUGCCUUCAACUGAAGAUCGGGGUUCGCUUUAUGGUGUGAGAAAUCCAUCAUGGCUUCCCUUUCGGUCAAUUCUUACUGUUAACAGCUGAUCUGAGCUCGGUUUUUUCGGGGGGGGGGUCACUGUGACACCAGGGUACAACCUGACCCAGUAUCAGUUGCUGUUCUACGUUCUAGAACUCUUCGGCGCUGAUUCCAUGGAUUUCUAUUGGUCAGGAGCAUACCCGCUCUAAUCUGAUUGGUGUAGAGACUGUCGUAUGGUUGCAUUCAAAUACACACAGGAAAAACGAGCAUCGUAAAAAAAGAUGUUUAAUUUACAUUAGCCUAAUUUGGAAACGCAGUUGUUUAAUUUGAUUCAUACUCUUUCUGCUUACUGGUGUUGUGUUUACCAGCAAGGAAAACGUUUUAUUGUCGAUUAUAAACGAUAAGUAGUUGCUGUUUUGGUCAUUUGCAAAGGUUGUGAGGGGAAGUUAAUUAAUUGGCUAUUUAAUUUAGCUUCUGAUCUCAUUGUUACCACACGUGCAACUUGAAUUAUGACUAGAGGGAGUCAAAUACAUCGACAUCUCCAAAUCCCGAGUUCAUUAGUUUGUUUUUCAUCUAUUGAAGCUGAGAUAAACGGCACUUUGAGGUCCAUCCCUUUAGGAGAGAGGAAAUGAUGAAUGUGGCAGUGAAUGUAGUUCUGUGUACGGGGCCACCAAACCGCUAUGAGCUGCUGGCAUGGCUCAAUGACACUUUACAGGCACGCUUCACCAAGUUGGAGCAGGUGUGCUCAGGUGCCGCCUAUUGCCAGCUGAUAGACUGGUGUUUUCCCGGGACCCUGGACCUUUCCAAGGUCCGGUUCCAAAGCAGCAGCAGCACGGAGGACGCUAUCCAUAACUACAGUUUACUGCAAGCUGCGUUCAAAAAAGUUGGAGUGCUCCGAUACAUCCCCGUCGACACGCUGAUAAAGAACAACUCUACAGUGGCUGUGACCUUCCUGCACUGGUUCAAGCUUUUCUUUGAAAAGAACAACAACGGCAGGGAGUACCGUGCCUUGGAGGCCAGAGGUGGACAGAAUAUGGUUCCUGUAUCAGAGGCCUCCCAUCAGGAACUAGAGAUAAUUGUGAAGAUGGCAGGAAAAAAAGCGGUAGAACCGAAUAAACAUAAAAAACUAACGGUGAGGGAGAUUUUGAACAGGAGGGCCAAAGUCUCGUCUCAUCUCAUCCCAUCUUCAUCUGCUUAUCCGGGGUCGGGUUGCGGGGUUAGCAAGUCCAGCAGCGGACCCCAGACUUCCCUUGCCAAGGCCAAUGCGAUAGUAUUAAUAUCUGAGGAUGAGGAUGCCCAGGUGGAUGUGAACAUGGAGCCGAAAGCAGAGGAAAUGGAAAUGGCGGUGAUGGAAGAGCCCGUGCAGGAACAGAUAAACACAGUGGAGCCGGCAGAAGCAGCGGUGAAGAUGGAAGAGCCCGUGCAGGAACAGAUAAACAUGGUGGAGCCGGCAGAAGCAGCGGUGAAGAUGGAAGAGCCCGUGCAGGAACAGAUAAACAUGGUGGAGCCGGCAGAAGCAGCGGUGAAGAUGGAAGAGCAAGAGAGUAGCAGUGAUCCUCUGUUUUUGUUCAUCAACAAAUACUGUAGUGGCAAUGUGGACGCUCUGAGUUCUGACCCUUUAGUCUCUACCAUCUUGAGUCCAACCCACCCUAAAGACAUCAUUCAGGUCUGCUGGCACACGCCGUACUGCCUCUACCUGUACAUGGGGGUGGAGCUGGGCCGAGGACAGACCACUAGCGUCCUUCUGAUUGGCUACUUUGACUGGAGCUCGGGGGUCAGUGUGGUGAGGCUGCUGCACACUCUGAACAUGAGUGUCGACACUGUUGAUCCGCAAACCUUGGCGGUGGACACCGGUGCUCCCCCAGGCACGCGCUCUGUAGAUGGCGAUGCAAAACUCCUGAUGGAGACGCUGAAGAAGUUUGAGCUGCCUCUGUCCAACCUUUCUGUGUUUUACUGUAACGCUUCAAGCUUAUGGGCGAGACAGAAGUUUGUAUCCCAGCUUCAGACCAGCUGCCCCAGGUUAAUAACACUCUCUGGCCUCCCUGGGUUAGCAGCAAGAGCAUGCCAGGCUGGAAUCAUGGCUUCCUUUAGUGGCCUGCUUGACCUGAUCAGAGUCAUCCACUGUCACUACUCCACCUGCACCUCCGUUAAUGACAGUCUGAAGGAGCUAUUUACCAAUUCACAGUCUUAUGACCCGUCAAAACCUGUCUCUGGACAUAGUUUAUUCAUCAUCAACAUUGUGCAGAAGAUGGCCAGCAACUGGAGGGAUUUAGUGGAUUAUUUCAAGUCACUGAGGCCGACUGCUUCCUCUGACUGGAUCAGAUCCCAACUGAUUGAUAAUAAAAUCAAGCUGCAGUUCCUGUUCCUCUCCCAUGCUUUGGAGCCCCUCCGAGCUCUACAAGAAUGGCAGCAGUAUGGAACAGUAGACGUCGCCGCAGAGCUGCAACUGUCCGCCAUGCUGGUCCACACCUACGCAACCAACCUCCUCCGGCCCUCCGUCCACGAGCACUUUCUCAGGAGGCGGAGCUUGCACGCCUUCAACAACGAGCUCCCCCCAACCGAAGUGAACAUCGGUUCUCGUGCUAGAGACUUUCUGUGGGCCACCGCUGUUGUGGAUCUGGGGGAGCAGGAGAGGAGUGACUUCCUGAAGGGUGCCACGGCCUUCUAUAAAGGAGCAUUACAGAGUUUAGUGAGGAAUAUGCCUAAGUAUCUUGGAGACGUGGCACUAAGGAAUAUCCGCAAAGUCCUGAAACAUCCUGAAAAUAUCAAUGAUAAUGGAUUGUCCAGAUGCGUGCUGUCAGAGAUCGGGGUUCAGCUGGGUCUCUGUAACACCGGGACGACAGAAGCACUUCAACUGGCAUACGAAUACCUCAGCGCCAUUAAAACAUUAAAGGAGGAACAGAAAAAAGGAAGAGGAGGUCACUGCUGGGGGAAGAUGUUGCGUGGCAUUAGACAGCACUCUAUCCUGCGUACGUUCCUUCUGAUCCUCCUGGCGCUGCCGGACUCUCUAGGCAGUACGCAGGUGUUUGAUAAGAUGUGCAGCAGCACCAAGGCUCUUUUUGACAGCCAGAAUACCGUCAACACCUCACUUAAAGCAGAGAGGUUCAGAAGGAAACGACCUGUCCGGGCAGGUAAUGGUGGCGUGAAGCAGGAAGAGGAGGAUGAAGAGACUUCAGAGACAACGGAUGACAGCGACAAUUCUGCAGUCAGACAGAGACGACGUGUUCCUACCAGACACAACCGCUGUGCGAGGGAUUCAGACUACACAGACAAUUCCUCAGAUGUGGUUGACGUCACCGAAGAGGCCAAAACGUGUCGGACCAGUAGACUGGUGAACGCAGAAAAGCCAAGGAUCUCACCGCCACAGUCCAUAUACAUUAUAAGCGAUGAUGGUGAUGAUGAUGAUGAUGACGACGAUGACGACGACGACGAUGAUGGUGGUGGUGGUGGUGAUGAUGAUGGUGGGAUGGUUUUAACGUGUACACCAACCGACUCAGCACCACAGCUGGGUACGAAGGAGGAGAUGGUUUGGGGGAAGCUGGACGGCUUCUCUUUCUGGCCAGGCAUCAUCAUACCCUGCAGGGUGAAGAAACCAGGGAUGAAGAUGGUGGAGUGGUACGGACAGAGAAUGUCCUCUCAGGUCGCAGUGGAGACUUUGGAACCUUUCGCUGCCUUCGCUGAGCAUUUCUGUCCCAAAUCCUUCGCCAUCCUUGUCACCUACAGACAAGCCAUCUUCUUGUCCCUGCAGGAAGCAGCUUUACGCUGUGGGAAGCAGUUUUCUGCAAAUCUGAACGACAAAGAUGGGCUGCUGAAACAGGUGUUAGACUGGGCCUUGGAAGGAUUUCAACCUAUGGGACCAGAUAGACUCACAACAACGGCUGCCGUCAACGGUGUUAGUAAAACAAAGCAGAGACCAACGGCGAGGAAGACCCUCUUCUCGAAAGCCAAAUCUCCUCGUCGCUCCGUAAACUCCUCCGACCCGACGAGCAGCAAGAGCGAUAUGGCCAACUCUGAGCUGAGAGACGUGGCUGUCUCCAUGAACAUUUUGUCGUGCAACUCUACGGAGAAGUCCCCCCACAAAGACAGCGGUGGAAAGACUGCGUUGGAAGAAGCAGUCGAUUUUGCGGGAAAAGACGCUGAAGUAGUCACGAAGGAGAAGGAGAAGGAGAAGGAAUCCACAGGAGAAUUGGCAGCAGAGACGGGGAAACAGGGGAAGAGAGGAUGGGAGGGAGAGAAAGAUUACUGGGAAGCAAGAUGGGAGAAGGGGAAAGGGAAGGGUAAGGCCGGGUGGAAAGCCGGGAAGGUUCAGAAGAAGAAAAGCGGUCUAAUUGAUGGAUUUGAUAACGACACGUCUCCAGACUUUGUUCCGAACAAGAAGAGGACCUACACCAAAACCUACAAUAAGAUCAACGAGCCGACCGCCAUGUACACCCAGCCGGACCAAAAACUCAGAGAGAAGACCAUCCAGAUGAUCAUGGCCAAGAAACUCAACAUUGACGGCAUCUGUUUGUGUUGUGGGACUGAAAGCGUUGAGAUAUUCCACCCUCUGUUCAAAGGAAGCCUCUGCUUGAAGUGUAAAGAUAACUUUACAGAAACCCUGUUUCGCUAUGAUGAAGAUGGAUAUCAGUCCUACUGUACCAUCUGCUGCUAUGGGAUGGAGGUCAUACUGUGUGGCAACGACAGCUGCUGCAGAUCUUAUUGUGGGGACUGUCUGAACAUCCUCAUCGGCCAGGGGACGUUUGAUUCCUUGAAGGAGUUGGACCCGUGGAUCUGCUACUUGUGUCAGCCCCAUCGACCCCACGGUGCUCUGAUUCCCAGAGUGGACUGGAGCAUUCGUGUGCAGGAAUUAUUUGCCAACAACAGCGCCAUGGAGUUUGAGCCGCACCGUGUUUACCCGUCCAUCCGUGCCAACCUGCGCAGACCAAUCCGAGUUCUCUCGCUGUUCGAUGGCAUAGCAACAGGUUACCUGGUGCUGAAGGAUCUCGGCUUCAAAGUAGACAAAUAUGUUGCCUCGGAGGUUUGCGAGGAUUCAAUUGCCGUGGGAACCGUCAACCACGAUGGGAAGAUUGUUCACGUUGGUGACGUCCGGUUAAUCACCGAGGAGCUCCUCGAGCAGUGGGGUCCGUUUGAUUUGCUGAUCGGUGGCAGCCCCUGUAAUGACCUCUCCAUCGUCAACCCAUUAAGAAAAGGCCUCUACGAGGGCACUGGCAGGCUGUUCUUCGAGUAUUUCCGCAUCCUUCAGCUGCUGAAGCCCAAAGAGGAAGACCCCAGGCCGUUCUUCUGGCUGUUUGAGAACGUGGUCUUCAUGAACACGCACGACAAAGUCAACAUCUGCCGCUUCCUCGAGUGUAACCCAGUGCUGGUGAAUGCAGUCAAAGUCAGCCCUGCCCACAGAGCGCGUUACUUCUGGGGAAACAUCCCAGGGAUGAGCAGGCCCAUUAUCGCCUCCCAGAAGGACAAGCUGACCCUCCAGGACUGUUUAGAGAUCGGUAGAGAGGCCAGGGUCACCAAGGUGAGGACGAUCACCACCAAUCCAAACUCUCUGAAGCAGGGCAAAGGUGUCUCUCAGCUGCCUGUCCUCGAGAACGGCAAAGAGGACAACCUCUGGAUCACUGAACUAGAAAGGAUCUUUGGUUUCCCCAAACAUUACACCGACGUGAGGAACAUGAACCGGCAGCAGAGGCAGAAGGUGCUGGGGAAGGCAUGGAGUGUGCCGGUCAUCCGUCACCUCUUCGCUCCUCUGAAGGACUAUUUUGCCUGUGAGCAGCUGCCUGUAUGACCUCCACCUCCACCUCCCUGUCCUCCUCUGCCACUCCAGAACUGCAUCAACCGAGAUAACGGAGGGCUGUUAUCUUUUGCAUAGUGAUGUGUGUGUGUGUUUGUGUGUUCUGAAGGGUUUUUUCCCCCCACCACGUGUUUUUAUAAGAACAAGAUGGAGCAUGACUGGUCUAUGCAUAUAUGUACUACUUUCACAAAGCUAGCUCACAGACAGGCUUUUGUAGAUCUCUGCCACAGGGACAUUUUACCCGCUAUGCACUCAAGUCUCUUGCAUUGUGUCACACAUGCAGUUUGUGUAUACAACAGACUCUGCUUUAGCUGCUCUCUGUCUACCUCCAGUUCUUGGUUUUUCCUCCUGAUCCUCUGAACCACCUACUGGAGUUUACAGACACUCUCGGUCCUUCCUUUCCUCCCUCAAAUGCUCAGUGACUGUCAGUGUUGCUACUCAGGGCUUCCUUUUUAAAAGUUGAUGAUUUGAGUCAUCAGUCGAGGAGAUCCCAGGUGAACCUGAUGGUCAGUCGAAUCUCUGCACUUUACAAACAGAGUCUCAAAAUUACAACAAAACAAUCUGUUUGGCUGCUCCGUCACUUCACUGUCUGCUCCGGUGAUAACUGUCAGUGUAGUCGGCUAAACUACUUUUGAACCAGACUGUGAUACAACUUAACCCUGCGAGCCAGUUGGACACUGAGAAUCCACCUUUCCAGGCUUCAGUCUAUGUGUUUGUGGCUAACCUACGUGGUGCCGUACCAGUCAGCGUCCUCUGAGGAAGUACUGGCAGUAGUGUGGUGGGUACAUAGAGGUUAGUGUAGAUAUCAGUUAUAUGAGAACUGGAGAAUAUUUCUUCAUUAAAAGAAGAACAAAGAACACCAGCAAUGAUGAUGGACGACUGGUUCUUCCAAUUUAAUCAAUUUACUCUCCGUUCGGUAGCGCUGUCAGCUGCUCUGCAGGGGAGAUGCUCCGUGGUGGAUGUACAGUUUCUUUCACUGUGAGGAAAUCUCAUAUUUUCACAUCACAGUUAACAAAGAAAGGCUUUAAAACGUGCGUCUGGAGUUAGACUGAGUACACGAAGGUCUCUGUGUGGACUUUUUGUUCUGACUGUGAGGACUGUCCACGUGGCCACUUACGCUACGAGGCUUCCAGCAGCUGAUCUACUGCACAUGUAGAAUGCAGACUAAUAGUAGGAUAGACAGAACUACUACGCAGCUGUCUGUGUAUGUCUCGGUUUGAGAAUAUAAUCUUGGCUUUAGAAGGAAAAUAUGAGAGUCAUGCAGGCUGUUGUAGGAUGUCAGUGUGGCACUGAACUUAAAAAAAGAAAAGGGAACAAAUAGUCAAAUGUUCGUGUUGAACAGCUAAAUCUGAGUCUGGUGGUGCUACUAGCCACACUUGAACUGGGAAGGCUAAAAACAAACCAGAGGUAAAGUGUCCUGAAGAGUAAUAUAUUAUUACCUUUUCACUAGAAGUCUGUGAGCCUUCUCUUGUAGUCAGCCCACUCAUUCAAUGAUUAGUCGAUUGUUGAUGGUCAAUAGCCAUCUAAACUGUUGUAUCAUCAGUAUUUAACAUGAAUAUUGAUAGUUCAUUCUGAGGUUAUACAUGCGUCUACAUAUGGCAUAUAUCCUAGAGUUUUUAAAAUACAUAGAUAUAAAUGAUGUUUACAUGAUGGGUGUUUUUUUAAAAGAGAUUUUUAUACACCACUGCUCCAUUUUUAUCUAUUUUUAAAAAAAAAUAUGGUUGCAAAAUGUAGAUCAUAUUGAACUGAGAGCUGUCUCGCUGCUUUACUAUAUUUGAAUCCUGUUUCCAGGAGAAACAAAGACUUCAUUAAAUUAACAUCUACUGUAAAUGUUAAAAAAAUAUUAUAUUCUGUACCAACAUUGCUCUUCUCCUCGGUUUCCUGUAUCAAAACUGAAUUGUUAGUGUUGAUAAAAGUAUUUAAGAGAAAUAAGAAUUUUGCCACAGUUUGAUCAGUUUUUAACUUCAUCCUUUGGUUCGAUCUUUGUAUAUUUUGCUGUGUUAAACUUGGGGAAGCAUAAAAUAACUGAGUGUGUCUUAUAUUAUGUGUGUUUAGGAAGAUUCAAUGAAUUGCAUUGGUUGUUAUUGCUGCAUUGGUGUUGACGCCAACAAAAUGGUGAUGGACACUAUGCUGCUGUGGUGCUAAUGGUAACAAACAGUUACCUGCUGCUCAAUAAUAAUCUGUAUUGUGUUUAAGAAACAGUGAACUUGGCACGUGGCCAAAUGAACUGAUAAUUGUAAAUACUAAUAAGAGUACUGUGAUUAUUCUGACUGCUGAUUGUAUCACAAACAUUUUGAGAACUGUUUGUGGGUGACGGGGUUUAACUGAACUGCUGUAGAGUCAUUUUGCACAUUAACAGCAGUGGACUGAAUUCAGAGGUAUGAAGGUAUCAAUGACAACGUGGAGGAGAAACUGAAGUCUGUACUAUUGAUCAUCAUCUCUGUACUGAACCAGAUACUGUCUCCUUUUAUUGAGUGACACACAAUGUUUUUUACAUGUUUAAAUGGUGCUCUGUGUUCUCGUCAUUGCAAGUGAUUGUAUGACAGUUUUUUUUAUUGGGACUGUUAACGAGAUUAAUAAAAGAAGUCUCACAACGA